AAUCAUUCACUCGUAAUUAAACUUCAUUCAGUAACCGAACUUCAGCGAGUUUGUUUAUAAUUUUAGGACUAAUUUCUUCGAAAAAGAAAGUGAUUUUAUUUGAAAAUAUGUCGUCACCGACGGAAGAAAGCGUACGGCGUAACAGCGAAAGCGAAGCUGGAGAUGCCGAGACCCCAGAGCAUGAUCCUCAUUUUGAACCGAUCGUGUCCUUGCCCCUGGUGGAUAUCCACACCAACGAGGAAGAGGAGGAGGAACUGGUGAAGAUCCGCGCUAGGCUCUACAGAUACGACACUGGAGACCACGAAUGGAAGGAAAGAGGCACAGGCGAUAUAAAACUGCUCCGUCACAAACAUAACAACACAGUCAGAGUAGUGAUGAGACGUGACAAGACCCUCAAAGUAUGUGCAAACCACUUCAUAACACCAGACAUCAGGAUGAAUGUCCACUGCGGUUCAGAUAAGGCUUUUAAUUGGUCCGUAUUUGCUGACUAUGCUGACGAAACAAUGAAACAAGAGUUAUUGGCCAUAAAGUUUGGAAACCCACAGAAUGCCGAACUAUGGAAGUCAAAAUUUGCAGAGGCUCAAGAAAUAGUCAGAACGAAAUGCAGUUUAUACACACAGGACCUGUCGUCAGAUGAUGAGAGCAGCAUCACUAGGAGUGAAGACACGGACACUCCAGAGCCCAAGACUAACAUCAAAUCCAUUGACAAUGACAAAGACGUAGAAAAGGAUGAAGCAGACUCUGAUGGUGUUGUCCUAAAAUUAAAAGAACUUAAAGUGGAGAGUGCAAAAGCCGAAUAAUUGAAUUUUCUUUUUAAAGUUAAUGUUAUAAGAGGCCAACAUAUAAAAUGUUGUCAGAUUAUAUUUUAAAUAUAAUAAUGCAUUUAAAAUAAUUCUAUAAUUUUUCUUUUAUGGCUAGUGACACUAGUGUAUGUUCAGUUCAUGAUUUAUUAGAUUGAUUUGAGUAUUUAGUUUUAUUUUGCUAUGAAACUAGGGUCUGUUAUGAUGUGCAUGUCGUUGGCUAAAGAUUGUAUACGCAAGUGAUGCAGUCUUGUCGCACGAAGGUUGAAUAGGUGGUAAUCGGCAUUGCACCUGCAUCACUGAUUCUUCGGCACUCUUACUCCUCUUGUGAAUUGAGAAGGCGUGCUAUGCGGCGUAUAGUUGUAUCUCGCUUCAACUUUGUUGCCUUUAUGUGCUCGGUAACUUACUACAGUGAGAAUUAUUCGUGUGGAACUGCAUCUCUUGCUCCAACAAUCAAAGCCGAAAGUUAUUGUGCUGUAUGUCCCCAGCUCCAUUCAUUUACUAAAGUAAUUAUAGCUCCUUAAAAACUAGGAACUCAGACCUUAUAGAAUAAGGAAUAAAGCUGAAAUUUUAAGGUUUAAAUUUUGUUGCCAAGUCAAAGGAAAUGUAAAAUGGGCCUGUAAAAGUCCGCUUUAGGAUUUGAUAUUCCAUAGAGACUUGAGUAAGUGUAUAAUAAUAAUUAAUAUUAAGAUACGAUUUUGGGUUAAGUAAUAUAGCCGAUUUAAUAAAAAAGAAGUAACAUAGGAAUGUAAAAAGAUAGCUUUAAAAAGUCUAUGAUGGCAGUAUCGCCUCGUAACGAUGAAGCGAGAUUUUAAUAACAAGAAUAUUCCAUGAUAAAAUUUACAUUGUUGAGAACAAUUACAGAAGUUAUUCAAGCUUUUCGGUCAUUAAGCUCAUGACUAGAACAAGCUAUAUUGCUUUACCCAAGAUAUUAAAAUAAGUUUUUAUUGUCAUCAUUGUAUUUCAUACAUAUCAUAUUAUGUCGAACAUUCUUAAAAAGUGUCUUGUGUCGAGAGAGAUUCGAAAUUGGAAUCGCGGAUUCAGUGUUACCAGACAAAGGAAUUGAUAAUGUGUUAAGUAGGUAGGUUGUCAAACGUAUAAAAUGUAAUCCGUUGGUUUUUUUUUCUGCUCGAAAUAAAUGUUGAUAUUAUACCUGCACUAUGUCAACAGCCCUGAUUAAGAGGUAAUAGGUACUUCGAACACUACUUUUUUAGUAAUUUGCAAUUAUUAUUCCUUUCAAAUUAUGUAAAAUUUUUGUCUCAUAAGUUAAGUUACUUAUUCCAAAUCCGUUUGUGUUCGCUUAGUUGCAUGUAGGUUUUAAGUCAGCAAAGUUUUUAUGAGACAUAUUUCGCCAAAUUGUCUCAGUUAGGUACUUAAGCUAGGAUUUUGAAUAUGUCUCGACACAGUAAUAAAAUUACCUUAUUUUUCAAUGUUUAUUUCGUUGUAGGUAAUUAUAUUUUAACAUUCAUGUAAACCGUUUCGCCGCAAAUAGAGCGCAUUUUACAUUCCCAUUACGAUUGCACUGUAAUAAAAUAUGCGGUGAUUGUGGCGAAACUGGUGGUUUCGAUUUAUAUUUUAUACAUUUCAAAAUCGGAAUAGAUGUAUUUCAUGAA